GGAAAACUCCGUACAUUCAAACCCACCUCAUUCCUCAUCCAAGAAAAGCUUCCACCAAAAUCCUCAGCAAUGGGGGCGCUCACUCUUAGACUACCUUCUCUUUCCUCCCUUUUCAUCCCACCCUGCAUCUCCUCCCGUUCACCGGCAAUUCUCCGCCGCCACCACCGCCGUUUACAACCCACUAUCAGGUUCUCCACUAGAAGCACUGCCGCUUCAACACCCACUUCCACCAAUGACAACUCCAAGUCAAAAUCUCAAGAAAAAGCCAUUACCCCUCGUUCUCAAGACUUCAAUGCUUGGUACCUUGACAUUAUUUCCAAUGCUGAGCUCGCCGAUUAUGGUCCUGUUCGUGGUACUAUGGUUAUUCGCCCUUAUGGUUAUGCUAUUUGGGAAUCCAUCCAGGAGUAUUUGAAUAUUAAGUUCAAGGAAACUGGUCAUAGCAAUAUGUACUUCCCACAGUUGAUACCAUAUUCAUUCAUAGAGAAAGAAGCUAGUCAUGUUGAAGGUUUUAGUCCAGAAUUAGCUGUUGUAACUAUUGGAGGAGGAAAGGAACUCGAAGAAAAACUUGUGGUUCGUCCUACUAGUGAAACUAUAGUAAACCAUAUGUUCACUCAAUGGAUCCAUAGUCAUCGUGAUCUUCCGCUAAUGAUUAACCAGUGGGCAAAUGUCACAAGAUGGGAGAUGCGCACAAAACCAUUUGUGAGGACUCUCGAAUUUCUCUGGCAAGAGGGUCAUACUGCCCAUGCCACUCCAGAAGAGGCAGAGAAAGAGGCCUUGCAGAUGAUUGAUGUCUACAUAAAGUUUGCUUAUGAGCAAGCUGCAAUUCCUGUAAUUGCAGGUCGAAAAUCAAAGGUAGAGACAUUUGCUGGUGCUGAUAGGACCUAUACAAUUGAGGCUAUGAUGGGUGAUAGAAAAGCUCUACAAGCUGGGACUAGCCACAACCUUGGACAGAAUUUCUCACGUGCGUUUAACACACAGUUUACUGAUGAACAUGGCCAAAGGCAACAUGUGUGGCAGACGUCAUGGGCUAUCAGCACACGUUUUGUUGGUGGUAUAAUAAUGACUCAUGGUGAUGAUGCUGGUUUAAUGCUUCCACCAAGGGUUGCUCCCAUACAGGUUGUAAUUGUACCAAUUUGGAAAAAGGAAGAAGAGAAAUCAGGAGUUCUUGAUGCUGCCAUUGCUGCAUAUGAAGUUUUGAAAAGUGCAGGGAUCAAAGUUAAAGUUGACGACUCAGAGCAGAGAACCCCUGGAUGGAAAUUCAACUUUUGGGAAAUGAAGGGAGUUCCUAUAAGAAUGGAAAUUGGUCCACGUGAUGUCUUGAAUAAGAGUGUGGUCAUAUCAAGAAGAGAUAUUCCUGGUAAACAAGGGAAAGUAUUUGGAGUAUCCAUGGAACCAGAUGUUCUGGUGUCUUAUGUAAAGGACAAGUUGGAAGAGAUACAAGCAUCAUUAUUGAGUAUGGCAGUAUCAUUCCGUGAUAGUAACAUUGUUGAUGUGACAUCAUAUAAUGAGCUUAAAGCGGCAAUAUCUGAUGGAAAGUGGGCAAGAGGUCCAUGGUCCGGCAGUGAUAAGGAUGAGUUGAAAGUAAAAGAAGAAACUGGGGCAACCAUUAGAUGUUUCCCUUUUGAACAAUCUCCGGGGACAAAAACUUGCUUGAUGACAGGAAAUCCUGCUGAGGAAGUUGCGAUCUUUGCAAAAUCUUACUAACCUGAUUCCUGAGGCGAACAUGUUACUGCAAAAGGAGUUUCGCUCUUGCGCCAUCUCAAUUUUGGCUGCGGAGUUUUUCAUACGAUUUUUUUUUUCCCAAGAUCCAUACGUUUUAGUAAAGCUAAUGUUCGGGGCUAUAGACACGAUUAGUUCUUUUGUAUCAGUUGGUUGCUCAUAGUUAUAUGUUACUGACUGUACAUUAAUAUUCAUGUAAUGUGCUAAGUGAAGAAUUUAGUAGGUGGGAAAUCUGUAGUAUGCAGUAAUAUAUUCUUUUUGAGGGGAAAGUACGCAAGUGUCGUUCUUUGGUUUCAACUGUAAACUUUUUGGCUAUUCUUGCUUUAAAAUGGAUAUGGAAUUGAAAGAAGUUCUGUGUGCCUA